AUGGGGCUUCCCAAAGAAGAAGCACCUCACGGAUGGGUGUUCCUCACGUGGCUGCGGGGACCGCGAUCUCUUCCGAUACUCUGCGCCACUUGCGACGAGCGAUCACUCCACUGGGCCAUACAAGACGAUGACAAGCUGUUGUGGGGUACGCGCCGCCUUGACUUCCGAGAAGAGCACAAAGGACUGCGCAUGUCAUCCUCGCCUUACAACGGUGUUGGCGGCCCUGUGCGGUGCCCCUUGGUGUUGGCUGCGUCCCUGCUAUCCAAUUACAACGACCAUCGUGGCCCUGCGCUUGAAUACGACCCUGCGCUACCCCUAGAACAUUGCCUCAGGGAUUAA